AUGCAGCUACUCUUGCUCCUGUUGGCCUUCUCUCUACCCUACAAGACAAGUGCAGGAGAGAUCAUCGGAGGACGUGAAGCCAAACCCCACUCCCAUCCUUAUAUGGCCUUCAUUGAAUUCUGGUAUACUACCUCUACAUCACAGUGUGGUGGCUUCCUGAUACAUGAGAAGUUUGUGUUGACAGCUGCUCACUGUUUCAACAGAAUUCUGGAGUCAAAGAUCAUAGAAAUAGUUGUCGUUCUGGGGGCGCACAACAUCACGAAACAAGAGAAGACUCAGCAGUACAUACGUGUGCAAAGACGCAUCUCACACCCACAAUUCAGUCUUGAAACAUUCGCCAAUGACAUCAUGCUGCUGCAGCUGAAGGAAAAGGCCAUGCUGACUAAAGAGGUUCAGAUUCUACAGCUGCCUAGCAGAAAUUCCCAGGUGAUGCCAGGUGUCGUGUGCCAGGUGGCUGGAUGGGGAAUGAUGGACCAAACUGGAAAAUUUGCAAACACACUGCAGGAAGUGGAGAUGACAGUACAAAUUGAUGAGGAGUGUGAAGUCCACUAUCCCAAUUACAACAGUGCUAUUCAAAUGUGUGUUUGGGACCCAGACAUUCAAAAAACCUCCUCUUUGGGUGAUGCUGGAGGGCCCUUCAUGUGUAAUAAUGUGGUUCAGGCCAUUGUCUGCUCUGGAAGCAAAGAUUGGAAACAUCCACAAAUCUACACCAAACUCUCACCUUAUCUAGACUGGAUAGAGAAAACCAUAAAAUAUCUCUUACUGCAGGAAACAAAUGAAGCCCCAUCUCUGAGCAACCAUCUUUCCUGGGUCUGA